AUGACUGAUCAAAGACCUAGCGAUAGAACUUCAAUUGGCAUUGUUGGCGCAGGCUUGGUGGGGUGCCUAGCAGCUUUAGCUUUCUCACGAAAGGGUUAUGAUGUUUGCCUUUUUGAUUUACGUUCUGAUCCAACAAAUAUUGAUCGAUCAAAGCGAAACUUACGAUCCAUUAACCUUGCUGUGAGUAGUCGGGGUAUUCGAGCCAUCGAAGAGGUUGAUAAAGCAUUGUCGGACAAAAUCCUUAAACAUGUUAUUCCCAUGAAGGGGAGAAUGAUACAUGACAAGACUGGAUUGAAGCAAGAGUCGCAGUUGUAUGGAUUAAAUGGUGAGUGCAUUAAUUCAAUCGAUAGGUCUUAUCUUAAUGAUUUAUUGUUGCAAGAGUUGGGCCAAAGUGGUGUUAAAGUCUGCUUUGAGCAUAAGUUGGUUAAAUUGAGUAAUGUGGAUACUACGCCGACCAUGGAGUUUUCCACAAAGAAUGGAAAUGUGAAAUUUACGUUUGAUUAUAUCAUUGGUGCUGACGGUGCACAUUCGCACUUUAGACAUCAAAUGCAAAAGGGCAUGAGGAUGGAUUUUUCACAGAAAUACAUUGACAUGCAAUAUAUGGAGUUGUAUAUCCCUCCUGAUCCAAAGAAGAAGUUUGCAAUUGAUGCUAAUCACUUGCAUAUUUGGCCACGCCAUGAUUUUAUGUUGAUUGCAUUGGCAAAUGAGGAUGGAUCAUUUACGUCUACAUUUUUUAGUCCCUGGUCUGUUAUUGAAUCGAUCAAUUCAAGCAAUGAGUUUACUCAAUUUUUCAAGGAGAAUUUCCCUGAUGCGUAUAAGCUUAUUGGGCAAGACGCAUUGGUUAGUGCUUUUGACAACAACCCAAGAGGGUCGCUUAUGCAAAUUAGUGCUUAUCCUUACAAUAGUCCUCUUGGAAAAGCUUUAAUCAUUGGAGAUGCUGCUCAUUCGAUGGUACCUUUCUAUGGACAAGGAAUGAAUUGUGGAUUUGAAGAUGUGAGAAUAUUGAUGGAAUUGAUUGAAGCAAACGAGGGAGCCAUUGAAAAGGCUUUUUUAGCGUAUUCGCCCCAAAGAAAAGAUGAUUUAGAUGCUAUAUGUAAGUUGGCGUUGGAUAACUACUACGAAAUGUCAUCAAAAGUGACAAAUAUCUGGUAUUUGACCAAAAAGAAGUUAGAUUACACAUUGGGAUCUUGGUUUAAAAAUAAGUGGCAGCCUUUGUAUACAAUGAUUUCGUUCCGAGAUGACAUUCCAUACUCCAAAGCAGUUGCAAUUGAAGUACGACAAUCGAGGAUUUUGAAUAAUUUCCAAAUGGGUAUAAUAAGCUCCCUUUUGGUAUACGGUGCUGUUCAAGGAGCAAAAGUUUACGAUAAAUGGAGAUCACGCUAG